UAUACAAAUUGUGUCUUCCCCUUCCUUUCCCUGACCUUCCCUCUUAAAAUAAACCCUAACCUAACAAUUACUAAGAAAAAUGAAGUGAAAUGUCUAUUCUACCCCUCUUGAUCUGUCGAAUUUAUUAGUACUAUAUUUUGGAAAAAGUAAAAAUGAACUUUGGAGAAUUUCGCGGAUUGAACCGGUGGCUUCUUCCAUUCCAAACACGGCCGAAUUCCUCUUCUAUCAUCAUCAGACAGCAUCUUCGCUCGUGAGAACCCUAACCCCUCAGAAUUCGAUGAAUCAUCGCUGGCGAAAAUCCCAUCCGAUUGCCUAGCCUGAUCCUCGAAUUCAAAUCCUUAAUUAUGCAAUUCCAACCCAUAGAUUCGGAGUCCAGGUUUUCUUUUAUCUCCCCGCUAUCAGCUCCAUCUAUGGCGGAAGCGUCCCUUUCUCCACCGCCUUCCGCCGCCGGAGAUGGAGACGGAGUAUUCGAGGACGCGUGGUACGGGAACAUCCAGUAUCUUGUAAAUAUCUCCGCAAUUGGGGCGCUGACCUGCCUGUUGAUCUUCAUCUUCGUGAAGCUUCGUAGCGACCACCGCCGCGUGCCCGGUCCUACAGCGAUUGCCUCGAAGCUUCUGGCGGUUUGGCACGCAACCAGCCGGGAGAUAUCGCAUCACUGCGGCGCCGACGCGGCUCAAUUUCUUCUCAUCGAAGGCGGUAGCUCAGGCAUUCUUCUCUUCCUCGCGUGCUUGUCUGUUGUUGUUAUGCUUCCUGUUAAUAUCUAUGGGGGAAAUGCGCCUAUUUCGGAUGAAUUUUCAAAAACCACAGUAAAUCAUAUUGCCAAAGGUUCGCCUCUGCUCUGGGUACACUUUAUAUUCGUUGUUGUUAUUGUUCUUCUGGUGCAUUAUGGCAUAAAUGACAUUGAAAGAAGGUUGAGGAUAACUAGGUUUCGUGAUGGAAAUGGGAAUCCAAGUGAUCCGAGUGCAAAUUCGAGUGCCAUUUUCACUAUCAUGAUUCAUGGGGUUCCGAAAACGUUAGGGUUUGAUAAGACUCCACUUGUUGACUAUUUUCAGCAUAAGUAUCCGGGGAAGAUAUAUAGAAUGGUUGUGCCUAUGGAUUUAUGUGCAUUGGAUGAUUUAGCUACAGAAUUGGUGAAGGUGAGGGAGAAUAUUACGAAAUUGGUUCAGAAAAUCGAAUUGAAAGGUUUGGCUGAGUAUCACAAUGAUAUUGGUAUUGAUGGAGAAGGAGGAGAAAGGUUGUAUCCUCUAUGGAGGAGAGUGAAAGAGACGUGGUAUAGUGCUGUUCAUGAGCUCGGUUUCUCAGAUGAAGAAAGGCUGAGGAAAUUGCAAGAGUGGAGAGCUGAUCUUGAGAUGGAAAUGGCUGCUUACAAAGAAGGACGAGCGAGGGGUGCUGGAGUCGCAUUUGUGGUUUUUAAGGAUGUUUACACUGCAAAUAAGGCAGUUAAGGAUUUUCGCAAUGAGAAGAGGUUACGCGUUGGUAGGUUCUUUUCAUUGGAGGAGCUGCAGCUCCAAAGAAAUCAAUGGAAAGUGCAGAGAGCUCCCCUAGCCAGCGACAUAUACUGGAAUCAUUUGGGAUCGUCCAAGUUUUCUUUGAAAUUACGUAGAGUUCUUGUCAACACUUGCCUGCUGUUGCUACUUUUAUUCUUCAGCUCUCCGCUUGCGGUGAUAAGUGCCAUCAACAGCGCAGCCCGAAUUAUCAAUGCUGAGGCUAUAGAUAAAGCUCAGACGUGGUUGACUUGGUUGCAGAGUUCGAGCUGGAUUGCUUCUAUAAUCUUUCAGUUUCUGCCUAAUGUAAUUAUUUUCGUGAGCAUGUACAUAGUGGUGCCAUCAGCUCUCUCGUACCUUUCCAAGUUUGAGCGUCAUCUUACGGUGUCCCAAGAGCAACGAGCUGCCUUAUUAAAGAUGGUUUGUUUCUUCCUGGUCAACCUCAUUCUCUUGAGGGCUCUUGUUGAGUCCUCGUUAGAAGGCGCACUUUUAAAAAUGAGCCGGUGUUAUUUGGAUGGCGAGGACUGCAAGAGGAUCGAACAAUACAUGAGUUCUUCAUUCUUGUCAAAAUCAUGUUUGUCGUCUCUUGCUUUCCUCAUUACAUGCACUUUCUUGGGGAUAUCUUACGACCUAUUGGCCCCAAUACCGUGGAUCAAGAACAAGCUUCAAAAGUUUCGUAAGAAUGACAUGCUCCAGCUGGUACCCGAACGAAGUGAGGAUUAUCCCUUGCAACAUCAAGACCUUGAAGGCCUGCAACGGCCCCUGAUAAGCGAAAGGAUAUCUGAGGUCAUGAUUGGGAAUAAUGCCUUCUCAAAUGGCUCAGCUUCAUCUGCAAUGGACUUACCCGGUCAAGAUCUCUCCGACUACCCUCCAGUCAGAAGCCGGACAUCGCCAGUCCCUAAACAAACAUUCGAUUUCGCACAAUACUACGCAUUCAACCUCACAAUAUUUGCCCUCACACUCAUUUACUCUUCGUUCGCUCCUCUAGUGGUUCCAGUUGGCGCAAUCUACUUCGGGUACAGAUAUGUCGUCGAUAAAUACAACUUCCUGUUUGUUUACAGAGUGCGAGGCUUUCCUGCAGGUAACGAUGGGAGGUUGGUGGAUACAGUGCUGUGUAUUAUGAGGUUUUGUAUCGACCUGUUCCUUGCUUCGAUGCUGCUGUUCUUUUCGGUGCGCGGGGACUCCACGAAGCUACAGGCUAUAUUCACGCUUGGGCUAUUGGUGUUAUAUAAACUUCUGCCGUCUGAUCAAGAUGGUUUCCAGCCUGCAAUACUGCAAGGUAUGCAAAGUGUCGACAAUGUAAUUAGUGGGUCCUUAGACUACGAGGCUUAUGCGCAGCCGACUUUCGAAUGGGAUACUUGUAACUCAUGAUGGAUGCUGUUUAACUAUGGUAGCAAAGCAUUCUUCUUUUAUCUUGCUGGCUUCAAAUGGCAGUUCUUAAG